AUGUCAUUUAAUUACUAAAACGAUGCCUUUCAUAGUAAAAUAUAUGAAAACUAUAAAUCAAAACUAGUUGAAUAAAAAGCUUAGAAUGUAUCUUAGUAGUAGGCUUAAAAUUUACAAAAGCGUUCAAAAUAAUUAGAAGAUUUGAAAAAGGUUUAUUCUGUGCAAAAGGUGGAAUUAUUUUUCGAUGCAGGCGAGAUAGACAGAAACGAAUACCACAUAACUUUUUAAUCUAAAAAAAAUGGCAAAUCAUACAAUAUUAGAUUAUAGUUAAGUUAUGACUUUCCUCAAAGAAGACCCAAAUUUUAUUUGGACAAUAAAUUCUUAGAAGACUAUAUUGAUCCUUAAACCUUAGAAAUUAAAUAUUAUGAUUACUAUCCUUGGAAUACAGAAGAAUCAACCCUCGUAGAGCUUGUUAAGAAUAUUAAUGAAAUGAUGAAUAUAAGACCUGUUAACUUCGGAGAUGACUAUCAAAUUAUAGCUGAAUAAAUAGCUUUCUAGUUGAAAGAAACUUAAAAAUGUAAGGAACUUAAUUAGAUCACUAUGCAAAACCUAUUCCCAAAGAUAGAUGAAAAUAAAAGAGAAUCUGAAUACAUAAAACUCUCUAAAAAUCCAGAAAUUAUAAAUUAACAAAUUCAAUCGAGUUAAGAAUAUUGCAAGCUUCUUUAAAAUUGUAAAGAGAAGUCUGAUAUGGUUUCAACUUUAGCAACAAGCAUAGAGAAAGAAUAUAGAAAUUUAGAAGAAUUCAAAAAGUAGGUCAAUUUAAAAUAAGAAUAAUUUAGUUAGAAACUUUAAGAGUACCUUUAUUUACAUGGAGAAAUUCAAAAAUUUCAAGAAAGAUUUGAAAUUUAAGCAGCUAUUGCCAUUUUAGACUGCGAAAUUUAUAACUUAGAAGAUGAAAUCAAUAAAUUAAUGUAGGACAGGUUCUAAAAUAAUUUAAAUGAAAUUGCAAAAAAAUUUAAGUUAUUAAAAGAAGAAUAAAUAUAUUUGCAAUUAUUAAAGUAGCAAUAUAUGAAAAGCAAUUGA